AUGAAAGAUGUCGAAGAAGGCGUGCAGAAAGGAAUCCUAGAGCCACUGGUGGGGGAACAGGACCACCAGUUGGUCCGUGCAAGCAAAGGGCAUCCAUGGAUGGUUUAUUUUUGUACAUUCGUUGCAGUGUGUGGUUCUUAUGAAUUUGGUGCUUGUGCUGGAUAUUCAUCUCCCACUCAAGAUGCUAUCAAGAAGGAUUUCAGUCUGUCUUUGGCAGAGUACUCCCUGUUUGGUUCAAUCUUGACUUUUGGUGCGAUGGUUGGCGCAAUAACAAGUGGGUCUAUUGCUGAUUUUAUUGGACGAAAAGGGGCAAUGAGAGUGUCAAGUGCUUUCUGUGUCGCGGGGUGGCUUCUUAUUUACUUUUCUGAGGGUACAGUGCCUUUGGACAUUGGGAGGCUAGCAACAGGAUAUGGAAUGGGAGUUUUUUCAUAUGUGGUUCCUAUCUUUAUAGCAGAAAUAGCACCAAAAGAACUUCGAGGGACACUGACUACCUUAAAUCAGUUUAUGAUCACUGCAGCUGUGUCAGUGGCAUUCACCAUUGGAAAUGUACUUUCGUGGAGGGAUUUAGCACUAACUGGCCUGAUUCCCACUUCUAUAUUGCUAUUGGGUCUGUUUUUCAUUCCAGAGUCUCCUAGAUGGCUAGCAAAGAGAGGACGUCAAAAAGAUUUUGAAGCAGCACUGCAAAUACUUCGUGGCAAAGAUGCUGACAUAUCUGAGGAGGCAGAGGAAAUUCAGGAUUACAUAACUACCUUGGAGCAGCUCCCAAAGUCUAGGCUACUGGAAUUGUUUCAUAGAAGAUAUUUGCGCUCAGUCACUAUAGGAAUAGGCCUUAUGGUCUGCCAGCAGUUUGGAGGAAUCAAUGGUAUUUGCUUUUAUACCAGCAGUAUUUUUGCACUAGCAGGAUUUUCUCCCACCAUCGGUACUAUAGCAUAUGCUUGCCUUCAGAUCGUUAUCACGGGUCUUGGAGCUGCCUUAAUAGAUAAAGCUGGGAGGAAGCCCCUACUGCUUUUAUCCGGAUCGGGAUUGGUCGCAGGAUGUACAUUUGCAGCAGUUGCUUUCUAUCUCAAGGUUCACGAAGUAGCUGUUGCAGCUGUCCCAGCACUUGCAGUAACAGGCAUAAUGGUCUACAUAGGAUCAUUUUCAAUAGGAAUGGGAGCUAUUCCAUGGGUUGUGAUGUCCGAGAUUUUUCCAGUCAAUAUUAAAGGGCUAGCUGGAAGUGUGGCCACAUUAACCAACUGGUUUGGUGCAUGGUUAUGUUCCUAUACUUUCAACUUUCUCAUGAGCUGGAGUUCCUAUGGUACCUUCAUUCUUUAUGCAGCAAUUAAUGUAUUGGCUAUAUUAUUUAUCAUUGUUGCGGUGCCAGAAACCAAGGGGAAAAGCUUGGAACAAUUACAAGCAGCCAUUAACUCAUAG